AUGGCUCCUACCCGUGAUCCGGUGCCCGCGAAGGGCCGCGGUCGCUUCGCCAGACUCAGGCGGCCCUCAGUCUCCAUCCCAGACAACACUCCUCUUGAGAGACUUGAUCUCUCCAACGCCAACGUCUCCGAGAUCCCAGUUGGCCCCAUGGAUCGUUCGGUAAACGACAGCGGAUCCGACUUGAGCGUCAGCUCAGCCGGAAACUGGAGGAACAAGAACGGCGCCGCAAAGCCUCCCUUGAAGUUCAAACCCCCCAUGCUUCGCACCCGUCCUUCUCGCCCUGAGCUCCGCCCAGAAAUUAGCCGCCCAUGGAGGCGGUCUACAGAGAACCUUUACACCACAGCCGAUGAAACCAAUGACUCGGAUGUCGAGUCCAAGUACAGCUUCGACUCUCGCUCAUCGCUCACAACCGCGACGAGCGUGGAUGACUCUGACUCUCACUCCUCCAAGUCCGACUCAUAUACCCAAGCCAUUCGGACUCGGCCAUUCACCACCGAAAAGCAGGUCGUCAGGACCAACACCGUCCCUCCUGCACCAGCCAAGCCCGCCAACCUCAAGGGUACCCGCGUCGACGUCGUCGCGCCCAAGAGACAAACUAUCCACAUCGAGGUCGCCCCCGUAGCCCCUGCCCCUCCCGUGGUCCAACACAUUACCUCACAUGACCUCAUCGAGCGUGAGAAGGUUCAAGAUGAGCUCAACAAGCAGAUCGCGCGCAUGAGGGAGGAGGCCAUGAGCCUUGUGACCAGGCAGACCGACACAGACAGAAGACUCGGAGAUGCCCUCGACCAAAUUUCGGUACUCUCAGCCGCCAAGGAGAAGACUGAGAAGCGACACCGUGAAGAAAGGACCCUCAAGGACCAGAUAACUCGCGACUAUGAUGAGCAGAGCCGCCUCCUCGAUGACGUGAGGAGUGCCCUUGGUGAACAUGAGAAGAGGCUCGAUGAUGUUGAGCGUGAACGAGAUCAGCUCAAGGGCAUCAAGGAACAACUGGAAGUAAACGCCGUCAAGCUCGAGAGGGAGAUCGAGCAAGAGAGAGACGCCAAGACAGAGGUUGCCACUAAGAAUGCAGUGCUUGAGAAGGAUCUCAUUGAGCAAGAGAAGCUUCUUGCCGAGCAGGAGAAGCUCACCAAGAAAUUUGAGGCACAGUGUCACGACCUUGAGAGGAGCGUCGGCGAUGCUCACUUCGUCACCAAGGAGACUGAAAAGUCCCUCAUCAAGAGGAUUGCCGCUCUCGAGAUGAUCAAGAACACCAUGGAGAUCCGUGUCACCGGACUUGAGACGGACCUCAUCCGCAAGGGCACUGAGAUCGGCGACAUCACCGCCGAGCGUGACCUUCUCCGAAUGGAAGUCGACAAAUACAAGCCCCAAGUCGACGAACUCAACCGGGAAAACGGCGCCUUGAUAGAGGCCAAGAAGGGUCUGGAGGCACGCAUCGACGACCUCGACCAACAGAAGAAGGGUCUCGAGGCAAACAUUGAGAAGCUCGAGACGGAGAAAAAGGACGCCCAGGCCAGCUUUGAUGCCCUCGAGGCCGAGAAGAAGGGCCUCGAAGCCGACAUGGAGAAGCUAAACACCGAAAAGAACGACAUCCAGACCCGCUUUGGCACCCUUGAAGGUGAAAAGCAAGAGGUCGAGGUCCGUCUCACCCAGCUCGAGACUACCAACACCGACAUCCAGACCCGUUUCGAGAGCCUCGAGGCCACCAAGGGCGAGCUUGAGCUCAGCAAGGGUGAGCUCGAGACCCAGGUGAAGGGCCUCGAGGGGUUCAAGACCAAGUACGACAAGCUCAGAACCCGUAUCGAGGGGCUCAAGGGCAAGAACACGACACUCCAGGGGCAGGUCGGCGAGCUUCUCAAGGACCAGGACGACAAGAUGUCUCAGAUCUCUAGUCUCGCAGAAGAGCGCGACAUCCUUCGCUCGGAGAAUGAGUCGCUCAAGGACGAGAACGAGUCUGUCACCAGCGAGCUCCGGCGCGCCGAGUCACUCAUGGGAUCUAUCGCCGGCUCUCUCCCCGGUUCACUUGCACCUUCGAUCAUCGGUUCCGCCGCCCCGUCCGUCAUCGGCUCCGCGGAUGACAGCGAUACGGACACUGUCAAGGGUGAGGAUGAUGAGGCCCCUCCCGCUCCCGAAGAGGCUCCUCCAGCUCCUCCGGUGCCUGAGGAAGCACCCCCCGCACCCCCAGCGGAGGAGCCUCCAGCGGUCCCCGUCAUCGAAGUCAUCGAGGAGGCUGAGGUUGUCGAAGAAGCACCGGCACCUGCACCAGAAGAAGUCAAAGAUGACGCCGCCAGCGUCACCUCAGCGGCACCCUCUGAGCUCUCCAAGGCCAUCCCCGAGCCCGAGCUCGCCCCAGCUCCGGAGCCGGAGGCAGCUCCCGUCGCGGCCGAGUCCGUCUCCGCCAAGUCCAUCACGCCCUCUGAGCCCGCUGUCAUGGAGGAGCUCCGCAACCGUAUCGCCGAGCUCACGGACCGCAACGACCAGCUCCAGUCCGAGACAGUCAAGCUCGGCUCCCUCACCGCCGAGCGUGACGAUCUCGUCACCCGCGUCGCAAGACUGGAGACGGAAGCCGUCAUGGCGCCUGCGCUGCGCCAGGAGAACGCAACCUUGACGUCGCAGCUGUCUCUCGUCAAUGCCCAGCUCGACGGCAUGCGCGCUUCCUACGACGCCUCGGUCGCCGAGGUCAACAGCCUCAAGGACCAGAUUGGCCAGCUGCGGGGACGUCUGUCUACGCCUUCUGUGCAGUCGCGCUCUCGGGAGUCGUCCCACGCGAGGGCGCCGUCGACGAAGACGAAGAAGAAUGAUGAUAAGAAGAAGGAGCAGUUGGUGGUUGUACGCAACCCCAACGAGCGAGGCGGGAUGUGA